UGUGUAGAUAACACACAUCGCGUGUGUGUCCUGUGUAGAUAACACACAUCGCGUGUGUCCUGUGUAGAUAACACACGUUGUGUGCGUGUCCUGUGUAGAUAACACACGUCGCGCACGUGUCCUGUGAAGAUAACACACAUCGCGCGCGUGUCCUGUGUAGAUAACACACAUCGCGCGUGUGUCCUGUGUAGAUAACACACAUUCCUUCAGGUCCUCCUUGCCUCUCUCCCAAGCAUUCUGAUCUUCAUGGCCCUGAAGAACAGCAAAACAGGGAGCCUGCCCGUCAGUGAGAUCUACAACUUCAUGACAGAGCACUUUCCUUACUUCAAGACGGCGCCAGAUGGCUGGAAGAACUCGGUGAGACACAAUCUCUCGCUCAACAAGUGCUUUGAGAAGGUGGAGAACAAGUUUGGAGGCAAUUCUCGGAAGGGCUGUUUGUGGGCCCUCAACCCCAGCAAGAUGCACAAGAUGCAGGAGGAGCUUCAGAAAUGGAGGCGGAAGGAUCCUGCUGCCAUCAGGAAGAGCAUGGCCAAGCCAGGUGAGCGGGAGGGCGGCAGAUCCCCACGCCCGGCUUCUGCAGUGUCCCUGAGCUCAGAUCAACUGGACAAACUGAUUGGAGAAAAAAGUGAUAAAACCAGGCCUCCAGUAUCAGUGCCAGCUUCUGCCCACCUUGAGACCCUGCUGCCAGGCCGGGACACGUGCCGUUCUGGUCCGGGCCACGUUGAACCUCAGUGCCUGCUACCCCCAGCUCGGCUUCCCCCACACCGCACAGACAGAGCUCAGGUCAACGCCGGUGCACACCCCUCUGAAAGCCACAGCCUACCUCAGCUUCAACAGCCCAGGCGGAGCGCAGCCUAUGCUGACUGUGUACUCGAACCAUCGCCGUCAGUGCACUGUCCACUUCUCCACAACAUUUCAGACGUCACCAGCCUCCUGCACGUACAGCAACCCAAAGACAAGGGUGCAGAGCACAUCCCCCCAGAAUCAGAUCCCAGCACAGAUGUCGACGGCCUGAAUCCCAGUCUCGUGGACUUUGAACUUCAAGGUAAGCUCCCACCUCAAGCUGAUUGUUUGUGAUAGAACAUGGCCGCACAGAAACAGGCCCUUCAGCCCUCUUGUUCAUGCCAGCCUAGUCUCAUCUACAUACAACUGGACCAUAGCCCAAUCAUCGAUGGAUUUAUCCAAACUUCUCUUCAAUGUUACAACUGAACCUGCAUCCAUCACUUCCACCGGCAGCUCGUUCCACACUCCCAACACCCUCUGAGCGAAGAAGUUCUCCCUCAGAAAUCCCUUAAACCAGGAGUGUUUGAACUAGUUUGGCAGGGGGAUUGGAGCCAGAACACCAGGUCGGAAGUUGGAGGGAUACAGAGGAAGGUAGAUACCAGGGCAGUGAAAACAGACAGGAGCAAAGUAAUAGAUAUGAUGGGAUGGAUAGUUUGAAGUGUGUGUAUUUUAAUGCUAGGAGUAUUAUGGGUGAAGGUGAUGAACUUAGAGCAUGGAUCAAUACAUGAAAUUAUGAUGCUGUGGCUAUUACAGAGACUUGGUUGAGAGAGGGACAGGAAUGGGUGCUUAAUGUCCGAGGGUUUUGAUGUUUCAGAAAAGAUAGAGAUGGGGGUAAAAAGAGGUGGGGAGUUGCAGGAUUAAUCAGGGACAAUAUCACAGCUGCACUCAAUGGGGACAGAAUGGAGGGCUCAUCCACCGAGUCUGUAUGGGCAGAACUCAAAA